UGCAGCUGGAUCCUUCGUCAUCUUCUUCUUCCUCUUCUGCCGACGCGUUCUUGGCCGUUUGCAAUCUCUCUUCAUUCGCCAUUUUUUUGUUUUUUUUUUCAAUUUCUUGGCGAGGGUUCAUCCGAACGCUAAGCCCAGCUCUCACAUUUGUUUUACUUGCUUUUCACUUUGAACGGAGUGGGUGUUCGGAUCGGUUUUUUAGGGCUUUGUUUUUGGACCUGUAAGGGGGAUUUUGAUCCAUACAGAGCUUGUGUGAUUUCUUUUUCGGUUUGACAUAGAUCUGUCGGAGGGAGAUUCCGUUUGUGUUCUUGAUUUUGUGUGGGAUUGCUGAGAAUGUCUGGACCCUUGGAUCGAUUUGCCAGACCAUGCUUUGAAGGGUUCUCUGGAAGUGAUGAAAGAAAAGAAAGGAAAUCUGAUUUUGAAAACUCGGAGGAUGAAAGGAGGACGAGAAUUGGAUCUAUAAAGAUGAAAGCGUUAAAUGCAUCCUCCAAAUUCAAACAUUCCCUAAAGAAGAAGAGCAGUAGGAGAAAAAGUGAUGGUCGGGUCAGUUCCGUUUCUAUUGAGGAUGUUAGGGAUGUUGAGGAGCUGCGGGCUGUUGAUGCAUUUCGUCAAGCACUAAUAAUGGAAGAAUUGCUGCCAGAUAAACAUGAUGAUUAUCACAUGAUGUUGAGGUUUUUAAAAGCUCGGAAAUUUGAUAUCGAGAAAGCUAAACAUAUGUGGGCUGAUAUGCUUCAGUGGAGGAAGGAGUUUGGUGUUGACACAAUCGGUGAAGACUUUGACUUCGUGGAGAAAAAUGAAGUUCUGAGGUAUUAUCCUCAUGGUUAUCACGGGGUGGAUAAAGAAGGAAGGCCUAUUUACAUCGAAAGGUUGGGGAAAGUAGAUCCGAACAAACUUAUGCAAGUGACAACUAUGGAUCGAUAUAUAAAGUACCACAUACAAGAGUUCGAGAAGAGUUUUGCUAUGAAGUUUCCAGCCUGUUCUAUUGCUGCAAAGAGGCACAUAGAUUCAAGCACCACAAUUUUAGAUGUCCAAGGCGUGGGCCUCAAGAAUUUCACCAAGUCUGCUCGGGAACUAAUCAUGCGGCUGCAGAAAGUUGAUGGUGACAAUUACCCAGAAACGCUCAGCCAAAUGUACAUUAUCAAUGCCGGUCCUGGAUUCCGGAUGCUGUGGAACACCGUGAAGUCUUUCCUUGACCCCCGAACGACAUCUAAAAUUCAUGUUCUCGGAAACAAGUACCAAAGUAAGUUACUUGAAAUAAUUGAUUCCAGUGAGUUGCCUGAAUUUCUGGGUGGAAGUUGUACCUGCGCCGAUGUGGGGGGAUGUCUUCGUUCAGACAAGGGGCCAUGGAGAAACCCAGAAAUUGAAAAGAUGAUUCUUAAUGGUGAAGCACGACGGGCCAGACAGGUUGUAAAAGUUCUAAAUAGUGAAGGGAAGGUUGUUGCAUAUGCCAAGCCACAUUACCCAAUGGUGAAAGGUAGCGAUACAUCCACUGCCGAGUCAGGAUCCGAAGCUGAAGAGAUCGCUUCGCCUAAAGCAAUGAAGAGCUAUUCUCAUCUUCGGUUGACCCCUGUUCGGGAAGAAGCAAGAGUCGGCGGGAAAGGAGGCUUUGCCGCUACCUUCUCCGGGUAUGAUGAGUAUGUUCCCAUGGUUGACAAAGCUGUCGAUGCUGAAUGGAAGAAGCAGGUUUCACUCCAACGGCCUAAUGCCUUGAAAGGGGUUCUUCCACUGCCCGACACCCAAAAAACAUCCGAAGCUCUUCAUACUCGAAUGUUGGUAGUAUUCAUGGGCUUCUUCAUAGCCAUUUUGGCGUUCCUCUGUUCAUUAGCAUGCCGGAUAAGCGGGAAGAAGUUGUGUACCGGUAGUCAAAACACCACUCCAGACUUGUCCCAUGAUAAAACAGGAACGCAGAAGAAUCGCCCCCCUUCACCAAUUGCUAAAGUUACAGAAGCAGAACUCCUCUCUAAUGUAAUGAAGAGGUUGGGUGAGCUGGAGGAGAAGGUUGACACGCUCCAAUCAAAACCAUCCAAAAUGCCUUAUGAGAAAGAGGAACUAUUGAACGCUGCCGUCUGCCGUGUGGAUGCGUUAGAAGCAGAGCUUAUCGCUACCAAGAAGGCUUUGCAUGAAGCAUUGAUGAGACAGGAAGAACUACUUGCUUACAUUGAUAGCCAAGAGGAAGCAAAGUUGCGGAAAAAGAAAUUUUGCUGGUAAUAUGCGUCGUGGUCGUGGAAAAGAGGAGGAUUCGUCGCUAACGCAGCGGGCUCUCGUGUCGUGUAUCGGCUAUGACUUGGAGUUUGAAGGUCCGCUGCUUGUCGUUGAUCGUACUGACUUUAUAUUUGAAUGAUGUGAUUUGUCUCCAAUAAGGAGAGAGAAAAACACAUGCGCAUAGUUUGUGUGAAGAAAUUACAAUAUGAAGCUUUUACAUGUUUCCAAAAGAAUAUCUAUUUAUACAGAGUUUUUUGUUCUAUGUUAUUUAUUUUGCUUUUUCC